ACGAGCAGCGGAUCGCCAUUCGACUCGAGUCGCAGCUGCAACAUGGCGCCACCACAGGAAGCCGACGAGAAGCUCCCGGCCGCCCUUGAACGCCGCGUCACAGGGGGACUCUCUCAAGCUACACCUGCCCUCCAAAGGCCUGAAAAGGAGUCUGCAUCGGCAUCUCAUGAGCUGUCCAUGCGAGAUGUCGUCCAGCAACGGUUUGGACUGUGGAAGGCAUCCAAGAAUUCGUCACAAGAGAGCAGUCGGCUUUCAAAGAAGUCAGUAUCAGGCACAGACCAUUCGCUGGAAGAUGCAUCCUCGAGCAAGGCGAAAACGCUCGCUAACACACACGCUGGUUCCACUCAUUUGGGCCCUGAAGCUCCCAAGCGGGACUCUCCACUCUACAGGCAUGCGCAGGGGGACGAUUAUUUCAAGCGCCCCCUAGGUGCCGCCCCUCUCUCGUUCCUCGGGCCUGGGGUCCAUGAGUACAACGACAGAGCGACGGACUCAUUCCCACGUUUCGUCGUCUAA